UUUGAGCAGGAUGUUGAGGCAGUCCCUGCGCAAGCUUUCCAGGCCCGUUCUGACUAGAGGUCUCGCGAACGAAGCUACCUUUGACCUGCCGGAAUGCAAGCUCCACAGGUUUGACAUAACUCUUCCCACUACGGUCACCCUAACCAGAGAUGAUGCGUUCAAGUACUACAAGGACAUGACCAUGAUACGACGGAUGGAGACCUCAGCUAAUGCCUUGUACAAAUCUAAAGAGAUCAGAGGUUUCCUCCAUCUUUACAGCGGACAGGAAGCAGUGUGUGUCGGGAUGGAAGCUGCAAUAACUCCUGAUGAUAGUAUCAUCACUGCGUACAGGGACCACGGUUGGGCCUACACUAGGGGUGUUGAACCCAGAGCUAUCCUGGCCGAACUAACCGGUCGCAGUGGGGGAUGUUCGAAGGGAAAGGGAGGAAGUAUGCACAUGUACACGGACACCCUCUUUGGUGGUAACGGUAUCGUAGGCGCGCAGGUGCCCAUUGGUGCGGGCAUUGCUUUCGCGCACAGCUACAAGGAGAACGGUAAAGUGUGCAUCUCUCUUUACGGGGAUGGUGCUGCCAACCAGGGACAGAUAUUUGAAGCGUUCAACCUGGCAGCAUUGUUUAAAUCUCCGUGUAUGUUUACUUGUGAGAAUAACCACUACGGUAUGGGAACGAGUGAUGUAAGAGCCGCUGCUAACCCGCAUUACUACACAAGAGGAGAUGCUGUUCCCGGUAUCAAGAUGGACGGUAUGAAUGUGCUGGCGGUCAGAGAAUUUACAAAAGCAGCUACUGAUUGGAUGCGGGCAGGAAAUGGCCCCGUGGUUGCGGAGGUAGAAACGUAUCGUUACUAUGGACACAGUAUGAGUGAUCCUGGUACCAGUUACCGAACACGUGAUGAGGUCCAAGAAGUGAGGAAAACUAAAGAUCCCAUUACUCAACUCAAAUCUUUCAUGCUCGAGGGAGAACUUGCUACAGCUGCUGAACUCAAGGAAAUAGAGGCAGAAUGCCGACAGGUUGUGGACGAAGGAGUGGAGUAUUCCAGAUCGUCUCCUGAACUGGAAGUACACGAGAUGUACAACACUAUUUACCAGGGUAUGGACGGAGUGCGAGUCAGGGGGGCUGAUGCUCUUACGUACGGCAUACACUCGCCUUAGAACACGUGUUAUCUAAUGUUAUGACGUCAUGAAACAUUGUGACGUGUGACGUCAUCACACACACGCUUUCUGCUAUCUUGGACUUGAUUAGAUGGAAAACGUUGUAAUAAACCAAAUCAUAUUCAAUGCUUACUGUAAGGUAUUACAGAGAUAACCCCCUUCGUCGGUAAAACUAAACAUGGUGCAAGGAAUAUAUUUUGGUAUUCUUAUAUUUAGCACUGUGCAUAUUUUGUAGCUAAAAUAUUUUGAAUUUAUUUAACCUUAUUUUACGAUAAACCUAAAAUUUCAGGUAGAAAUCAAAUUCUAAGUGGUUUUAAUCAGUACAGGGUUAUCGAAAUGUUAGACUUUUUGUUAUAAAUUCACACCCUCUAAGUUAUUGAAUUUAUAUUAUGUUAGUUCUGUAAA